AUGCUGCAGCUGCAGCUCCAGCCCCUGGCCCUCGCCCUGAGUAUCCUGCAGCUCCAGCCCCUGGCCCUCGCCCUGAGUAUCCUGCAGCUGCAGCUCCAGCCCCUGGCCCUCGCCCUGAGUAUCCUGCAGCUGCAGCUCCAGCCCCUGGCCCUCGCCCUGAGUAUCCUGCAGCUGCAGCUCCAGCCCCUGGCCCUCGCCCUGAGUAUCCUGCAGCUGCAGCUCCAGCCCCUGGCCCUCGCCCCGAGUAUCCUGCAGCUGCAGCUCCAGCCCCUGGCCCUCGCCCCGAGUAUCCUGCAGCUGCAGCUCCAGCCCCUGGCCCUCGCCCCGAGUAUCCUGCAGCUGCAGCUCCAGCCCCUGGCCCUCGCCCCGAGUAUCCUGCAGCUGCAGCUCCAGCCCCUGGCCCUCGCCCCGAGUAUCCUGCAGCUGCAGCUCCAGCCCCUGGCCCUCGCCCUGAGUAUCCUGCAGCUGCAGCUCCAGCCCCUGGCCCUCGCCCUGAGUAUCCUGCAGCUGCAGCUCCAGCCCCUGGCCCUCGCCCUCGCCCUGAGUAUCCUGCAGCUGCAGCUCCAGCCCCUGGCCCUCGCCCUCGCCCUGAGUAUCCUGCAGCUGCAGCUCCAGCCCCUGGCCCUGGCCCUCGCCCUGAGUAUCCUGCAGCUGCAGCUCCAGCCCCUGGCCCUGGCCCUCGCCCUGAGUAUCCUGCAGCUGCAGCUCCAGCCCCUGGCCCUGGCCCUCGCCCUGAGUAUCCUGCAGCUGCAGCUCCAGCCCCUGGCCCUCGCCCUCGCCCUGAGUAUCCUGCAGCUGCAGCUCCAGCCCCUGGCCCUGGCCCUGGCCCUGAGUAUCCUGCAGCUGCAGCUCCAGCCCCUGGCCCUGGCCCUCGCCCUGAGUAUCCUGCAGCUGCAGCUCCAGCCCCUGGCCCCCGCCCCGAGUAUCCUGCAGCUGCAGCUCCAGCCCCUGGCCCUCGCCCCGAGUAUCCUGCAGCUGCAGCUCCAGCCCCUGGCCCUCGCCCCGAGUAUCCUGCAGCCGCAGCUCCAGCCCCUGGCCCUCGCCCCGAGUAUCCUGCAGCCGCAGCUCCAGCCCCUGGCCCUCGCCCCGAGUAUCCUGCAGCCCCAGCCCCAGCCCCUGGCCCUCGCCCCGAGUAUCCUGCGGCCCCAGCCCCUCACACUCACCCUCAGUACACUGCUAAACCCACCAGCCACCCUCAACAUUCAAAGCCAAAUGACACGGCAACCAGUCACCGGCCAUUUCAUCAUGGGGGGCACAGGUACCUGCAGCUAUUUCACUCUAAACCUCCGGAAAGCUAAAUUAAGUUUCUUCAUGAGGUGAAGAUGAGCAAAUUGAGAUGGCACUGCAAGACCAUUAUCAAGCAGUCUGCAAUUGGAGCUUGCUCCAGGAACUGAAGACUGCUGUUCUGACUGAAAUUACUUUCUUCACCCUGGUCCUGGGGGAAUAUUGGAUUUGGGCUCUUAAUAGUUUGUCUUUUGGAUACUAGUCUGAUCUGACUUUGCCAAUUCAUUAAAUGAAAUGUGAAAUUUGUAAGGCUGUGGUAAUAAACAAUAUUUGUAUCAUU